AGUUUGGGGGUCCUUUUUGACCCUUCCUUGUCGCUCGAGGCUCAAGUGGCCUCGGUGGCACGGAAUGCGUUUUACCACCUGCGCUUAGUAGCCCAACUACGCCCCUAUCUGGACAGUGAUGAUCUCGCCUCGGUUGUUCACGCUCUGGUAACUUCUAGACUGGAUUACUGUAACGCGCUGUACGUAGGGCUGCCCUUGAAGACUGUUCGGAAACUUCAGCUAGUGCAAAAUGCGGCAGCCAGGCUGUUGACGAGGACCAAUCGGUCUGCGCAUAUAACACCUGUCCUGGCUCGCUUGCACUGGCUACCUAUUUGUUUCCGAGCUAGAUUCAAGGUGCUGGUGUUGACCUAUAAAGCCUUACACGGUGUGGGACCGCAAUACCUUGUGGAACGCCUCUCCCGCUAUGAACCUACCCGUUCACUUCGUUCAGUAUCUAAGGCCCUCCUCCGGGUACCAACACACCAGGAUGCCCGGAGGACUGUUACUAGAUCUAGGGCCUUUUCUGUGGUGGCCCCCGAAUUAUGGAACAGCUUACCGGAGGAAAUACGCCUGGCGCCCACGGUUCUUUCUUUUAGGCGCCAGGUUAAGACCUGGCUAUACUCCCAGGCAUUUUAA